AAGCCUGACAAAUUGGAAAAUACUUCAAAGUGAAGAGAAAAUUCACUUCACAAGAACUGAGCUCUGCUUUCGUUGGCUUUACAUUUUUAUUUGUAUUAAUAACUGAUUAGUGUCAGAUCAUCUCCAUAGUCUACCGUGGUGAAAUUAUUAGGUUAAAGCUGGAAAAAAUGAAACAAUUAAAAAGAAAAAGAAAAAGCAAUUUUAGCGUUCAGGAAACUCAAACGCUCCUUAAGGAAAUCAGGAAAAGGAGAGAAGUACUCUUCUCAAAGCAACUUAAUACAACAAUUAAUGAGAUGAAACGUAAAGCUUGGGAGGAAAUAGCGGAGUGUGUAAAUGCUGUAGGUGAAGGAGAGCAAAGAACAGGGACAGAAGUGAAAAGGCGAUACCUUGACUGGAGAGCACUCAUGAAGAGAAAACGUCUGAAUGCAAACAUCAAAGUAGUAGGUGCUGGGUUUCACCUUCCUUCAUCCAACUUAGAUGACUCUCUCAAUGAAGACAUGGAUGAGAAAAUGGGCUUUGCAAUUGAAUCUAGUUUUGAGUGGCAGAAUAUCACCGACUUCAGAGAAGCCGGUGGGUCUUUAACAGAAAUCAAAGUAGAAGAGGAAGAGGAAGACCCGCAGAAUUUCGAAUUUCCUAUUGAGGAAGAAGAAGAAAUUUUGUCAUCGGUUUUGCCGGAUUCAAAGAAGGAAAACGACCUACCAGACUUCCCUCACAUUGAGGAGUUUGGAAAUCUAAGCUCUGCCCAAGCUAGGCUAGCCUACGAAGAUUCUCACUUGCUUAUGAAUCUGGAGAAGCAGAAGGUGGAGCUGGAGAAGCAGCGACUAGACAUUGAAGCUGAAAGGUUGCAGGUGGAGAAGGAGCGGCUGCAGAUCGAAAAAGAGCGGCUGCGGCACGUGGACCUGGAGCGUGAGAGACUGCAGAUCGAGAAGGAGCGACUGCAGAUCGAGUGGGAGAAACUCAGGCUAGAGACUCUGCACGCUGAAAAACCUGCCCUGGAAAACGACCUCACCCAAACAGAAAAACCCGUCAUACAGCCUCUGGAUCUAGAAACUGAAAAGUUAAAACUUGAAAAAGAACGUUUGCAGCUGGAGAAGGAGAGGCUGCAGUUCCUCAAGUUCGAGUCGGAGAAGCUGCAGAUUGAGAAGGAGCGCUUGCAAGUGGAGAAGGAGCGCCUUCGAAUUCAGAGAGAGGGUCACUUGCAGUGA